CCUUGCAAGCGUACAAUUCACUUCAAUUUUUCUCAGCCCUCAUUCACUUCUUGCUCAAUUGUCUCACUAUCACUGUUUCCCCUCUUUAACAAUCGCAUCAACACUCUACAAUCUUCAUCCAAACACCAAACUUCCACAACUGGUACUUUCCCACAGUCUACAACCUCUCAACGAGUCAAUGCUGAUUGCGCCCUAGUCAAAUCAUCCAAAGCUUUCAAAAUGGAUCGCGGCUGUUACAACUGCGGUGAUUCUUCUCACCAGGUGCCUAUGAACACGAUGCCUCCUCUUACAUACUCUUACAUUACUUCAGGCUCGUGAUUGUCCCAAGAAAGGAAACCCGACUUGGUAAGAAAGUGCUUCAAUAAGUGGAAAUGUAAAAUGCUCAUCGCUUUUCUCGAUCCAGCUACAACUGUGGAGGCGAAGGUCACCUUAGCCGUGAAUGCACUGCGCCGCCCAAGCCAAGAGCCCCGAAGCCUUGCUACAAAUGCAAUAGCCUUGAUCACAUUGCUAGGGACUGCCCUGAAGGUGGUGCCGUCGGUGGCGGUGCUGGCUGGGGUAGCGCUGGCGGGAAUGCGUACGGCGGCGGCGGCGGUGGUCGAGAAUGCUAUCGCUGCGGUGGCCAGGGUCACAUUGCUCGCGACUGCACCUCUGGUGGUCCACAAGGUGGGUAUGGUGGCUUCAGCCGCGGCGGCGGUGGCGGUGGCCAGACCUGCUACUCAUGCGGUGGCAUCGGUCAUAUGUCUCGCGAUUGCACCCAGGGUCGAUCUCAAAAAUGCUACAACUGCGGUGAACAAGGCCACUUGUCCCGUGACUGCCCUUCCGAGCCUAGCUCUGAGCGCAUCUGCUACAAGUGCAAGCAACCCGGUCACCUCCAAUCUGCCUGCCCAGCUUAGAUGCCAAAUCGAUCGGCCUGCACGAAUUCAUGUUCUUUCUCUCUCCCUUUCAUGACAUUCAUGAUCUUAUCGACAUGCGAUGACCUCAAUUUGUUCUCACGAUGACCUACGGUCGAAAUUAUUCGUUGGGAAACCCCAAUCUCAAGAAUCUUUAAAGCCUCCAGUCUUCUCAGUCUCCAUCUUCGGCGAAGGUUUCUUCAUUUGGAGUCCAAUGGCUACGAACAAAUAUGAAACUUAUAUCCAUGCGAGGCAGCGUGGUGGAAGAUUAAAAAGUGCAAGUGCGCGCAGAUAUGGGCGAUCAGUUUUCGCGUUGUGAUUCAAGGAUAUCGUCGUUGGGCUGCUGGGACAAAUGGCAGACAAUUGAAAAAUAAGGUCUUCGGCUCCGAAACUGAAUGGCCCUGGACUUGGUUAUCAUGCGAACCUGAUAUGAAAAGCAAAAAGAAAAACAACUCCCUCUGCUUGGUUCGAGCGAGCCAUCUCACUCGUACUGGGGUGAAACAGCUGCUAGAUACUAGUCUUGACUACUUUUCAAUGCAAACUGUUUCACAUGAUGAUUUCUGAAAUUCAAUUUUAUCUAUCCCGUACCCUACCACGGUUCAUAUUUGCAGAACGCAACCCCCAAGGAUGUCUUCCCUGCAGUGAACCUUGACUACCUAAGGUACUGUAGUAUAUUUUGAUGGUGUGGGCGUAUUGUAUGGACCAAUCGCGGAUGUGUAUUAUGUG